ACUAUGCUGAAAACAGGUUCAGUAACACAAGCCAUUCAACACAUGGCAUCUGUUGCACAUCAAAUAAAAGGUAUUGAUAUUAAGUGAGAGGAAUCAUGAGUUUUAAAUCCCUCAUCUUCAUUUGUUCAUCUUGCAAUCCCAUUCGGUUUUUUUUUGUCAUACAAAUUGCAGGCUUGUUGAGAAAAUGGGCAAUGAUCUCGCACCUUAGAAAACACCUGCUAUUAUCAAUUCACCCUGUAAUCGUUCAUAUUGCUUGCACUUUUUAUAAUAGUCUCUAUCUUGAUCCGCUUGCUUGGGACGCGUUACAUCCAAGACAUUUUUACUCUUUUUGGUCAUUUUAGUGUCCUUUUUUUAGCACCAACCACCAUCAACGGACAAGUAGAAGAGUCACUACAACUACCACCACCAUCCUACUCCAUUUUUUAUCCUUGCACGCAG